ACUUGGGACAGCCGCGAAGUCUGGUCCAUGUGGGUGUGAGCGCUCGCCUCCAGCAUCACGUCACAGUCCUGUUGUGAAGCGCUUGGAAUAAUGUUAUAAAUCACUGGACAGUGGGGCGGAACUUAUUGAGUAGCAGGGACCUUGCAGACAAACUGGAUACACUUUUCACUCUUGUUGGAGGACCACUAUAGACAAACCGCCGUGCCUUGAGCCUCGUAGACAAGGAUUCUUUCAAAUAUAAUUAAGAAGAGUUGUGGACCAACACAGUGGCUGUGCUUCUUUAAAGGGAUUGUGAUUGAAUCCGCAGGAAAACCACGAUUUCAGAAAAAGAGGAUUUCUUUCCUGAAACCAGUAUGAUUUGUUAUAUAUUGAUUAUAUGUUGUGGACUUGCUGGAAACGUACUGUCUAAAGGCUCUCGCUCGAGCUCCAGACUGAACACUCCAGUGCUGAGCGUGACCAGCAAGCAGAUCGUCAUCCAGGCCAGCCAGACUCUGCAGCUGCAGUGCAAGGGAAAGGCACAGCUUGCCUGGACGUCCCCCGAUAGCGUUCACCCUGAUCAAGGCAGACUGAGCAUCAAAGAGUACAGGUGUGGAUUUCAGGACCAGCUGCACUGCAGCAGCCUCACCCUGAGAGGGGCCUCGGCGCAGGACACAGGAGCCUAUGCCUGCAAAUACUCCACCAAGAAGAGAAAGAGACAGGCAGCUGUGUAUGUUUACAUCAGAGAUGCGCUGAAGCCCUUCUUGGAGCUGCACAGUAGCAUCCCGGAGGUUGUCUACCUGACAGAAGGAAGAAAGCUGAUCAUCCCCUGCAGAGUGACUGCGCCUGACAUCCCUGUCACUCUAAAGAAGUUCCCAGAAGAAAGAUUGAUCCCCGAUGGCAAAAAAAUUAUCUGGAACAGCAAGCAUGGAUUCAUCAUCCCUGAUCCCACGUACCAGUUUAUAGGGCUUCUGUCAUGCGAGGCGACCUCCAAUGGGGUUCUCUACAGCACCAAAUACCUAACACACAGACAAGUGAAUACAAUCUUUGAUGUGUACCUCAAUGCCACUAACCCACUCAAGAUGCUGAGGGGAGAGACGCUAGCAAUUAACUGCACUGUUACAGCGGAGUGGAAUGCCAGAGUCCAGAUCACGUGGGACUAUCCAGGCAAGGGAAACAGUUCUGCUCUCAUCACCAAUAGAAUUGACCAGAGCAGCUCCAACAUCUUCCACAGUAUCCUGGUCAUCAAGCAGCUGAAGGACACUGACAGGGGCGUGUACUCCUGCAACGUGCAGAGCGGUCCUUCCACCAGAGACACAAACACCACCCUUGUUAUUUAUGACAAACCCUUCAUCAGUGUGAAAUACAGACACAGGCCUACAGUGGAGGUGACUGCUGGUCAGGACUCCUUCAAGCUCUCCUUGAAAGUGAAAGCAUUCCCCUCCCCGGAGGUUGUAUGGCUUAAAGAUGGAAUGAUUGCUGCUGAGAAGUGUGCUCGCUACAAGAUUGACGGAUACACCUUAAUCAUCAGAGACGUAUCUGAAGAAGACGCUGGGAGUUACACCCUAAAGCUGGGGAUCCAGCAGCACAAUCUCUACAGGAACCUGACUGUCUCCCUUGUUGUUAAUGUGAAGCCCCAGAUUGGUGAAAAGGCUGUGUCCUAUCAAGACCCUGGCACCUACCUUGUGGGCAGCAAGCAAGCACUGAUCUGCACUUCCCAUGGGUUUCCACCGCCCAGAAUCCAGUGGCUAUGGCACCCGUGCGCUCGGAAUAACACCAAGGGACUGUAAGUGCUCCAACUUUGCUGCUCAUGUUCCUAUUGUUGUGUGGGGUUUGAUCCCAAGACUGCUUUGAUGAUGCUGUGACUUUGCUGUUCAGAAGAAUCCAGUUCAAGAGUAAUAUUUUUGGCGUCUGUUCUUUUGCUGCUGUCCACGGCGCUCUGGCCCGUGCAGUUGCGAAUACGCCCCAACAAAGAAGUUCCUAAAUUGGCAAAUGUGAAUAUUUCUACAACAAGAAUCCGGGUGUAGAAGAAGAAUGCAGAAAAACGAAACUAAACUGGGAGCUGGACUCUUACAAUGUUAGUGUUUUUUUUCUCCGCAAUCUGAAGACAAAUAUGAGAGCUGGGUUUCUUACAUAUUUCAGCGAAUAGCAUUUCUAUUACUUUGGGACGCAUGUGUACGUAUGUGUACGUGUGUGUACGUGUGUAUGUGUGUGUACAUGUGUGUACUUGUGUGUAUGAGCAUAUGUGUGUGUUGCAGUGGCUGGGGAGUUUAUCAGCAUUUCUUGUGGACAGCUAGAAGUUCAUCCCUGUUUCAGAUUUUGUAGAAUGUACUUUUAGCUAUGACACUGGAGAUAUUCAUUGUCGUAACAUUUUAGACAUAUCUAAACAUUAUAGGACUCUGAGUCCUCUCAAAAAGUUGAAACAACGGAUCACAUAUUUCUGGAUAAGUGUUAUCAAAAAUGUAAGUACAUGUACUCCAAAUCAUUGUUAUUAUUAUUAUUUCUGAAAGGAAAUUAAGAAACAGUUUACAAGCCCCUAAAUUAAAUAUGCUAGUUGUUCAAUGUAGUAACAUUUUUCAUUGCACUUUUUCCUUCAAAAAAGAAAACGUGCGACUGAUGAAUCCGGGUAAAGAGCUUCCAGCCCCUAUAUUUAGUGGGAAACAAUUACAUACUCAUGAUGCUGUUACUUAGCAUCCUGCAGUAUACCUUUACAGUAAAUCACGUGCCGAAUGUUUAUUUUCUCAUGGGAAAUAACCCACUGUGUUAAUUUAAAAAAUACAAAACUGUGACUCAUAGCUGACACGGCGCAGCAGGCUUUUAGAAACUUUUAACGAAGCCGGAAAGCAAGUCAUUGAAAUACAGUCUGUACAGCCAGAUACACACACGCACACACACACACACACACACACACACACACACACACACACACACACACACACACACACACGUACAGUACAAUGACGUAAAGACAAAAAAAGUGAUGGAACACUGGUGCAAUUCCAUCCUCUAGACUCAUUACUGGGAAAGCCAUCAAUAAAUAACCUCCUUGAAUGAAUUCUGCUACGACACGGAAACCCAUUGCCUAAGUAUUACCGUAGCACCUGUCAUGUCGCUACUCCCCAGACUUAAAUUAAUAGCCUACAGUAACCCAAACAAAAGACAACGAAUGGGCCAUCAAGCACACUAAAGCCAUGCAGUCUCAUUCACAUUGCCGUCCAACAUGGGACCCAGCAGUCUUAGCAGCACAGCUAGCACUAGCCAGCGUAUCUCAAUUGCUCACGCAAUCUCAAGGCUUCUUUUAGCGUCGUUCUUUGUAGCGCUCGAGCUCUGUAGCCUGACAGCGUGCUGAGGAGCAGGGAGAGAGCUGCUGGAUAGAUUGAGGACAGUCGAAAGCAAUCGCUGAUGAUGAUGGCCUCGUAGCGAGCAGACCAUGGGAGUUUUCUUAUCUCACUCAGGCAGGAGGUGCUGGGAACUUCCUGUGCGAAAUCAGAGCAUGUGCCGUUUUCCUCUUGUUGUUUGACUUCCUCCUCCACAUAAGAAAGUUCCCAGCACUACGAUUGUCUGCUGGUCUUCAAACAUGGCACAAUCUACUUCCUUGAGUGCUUGAUCUAUUCUUGAGACCCCAGCUCUACCCCCUCCUUCGAAUCAAUGAUGCUCACUCACAGGCACAGCGUAUUAUUAUUUGUAUUAUUUCAAGGCUGAACUUUGUGUAACAGCCAUGGCCUUUCAGAUGACCCUGAAAAGCGAGUACUUUGAGUGCUGCACCAGCCACAGCAGGUUAACAGCCAGCCCGGAUUUCUCAAGAGGGGGAAGCCGUCCUGAGGCGAGCCUGAUUCUCUAAUCGUUAUACAAAUUCCACGGUGUUAACCAGGAUGAAGACAAAUUA